AUGUCAAACUCAGAUUCCGCCACUCUGGGCGGCACAGAAACCUUCUCAUCAGCUUCCCAACUACCCACAGACCUCCUCACAAACCCCGAGGCAUCGGAAGGAUCAGCGCCCUCUCUUCCAACCGGCGCCUCAGUCGUCACCGUCACCUACCAAGUUGGGCCUACAUCCACUCCCGCCAGCACGAGUCAGGGGAAUGGGAUCCCCAUUGGCGCGAUUGUGGGAGGUGCACUGGGGGGAAUGGCCAUCGUCGCGCUGAUCGUCUUUGGUUGGAUCUGGUGGGGAAGGUCUCUAAAGCACCAAGAGAUGGAGAAGAAGCGCCUGGCCGAAGAAAACGCAAUGAAGAAGCCCCGACGACCGUCAAUGAAACACAUCUCCUCCUCCACAGGCUCAUCCUUCCUAACCCGGGACGGGAAGACAGUCUCAUUCGAAAUCGUGCACCCCAACACCGCUCCAUCCAAACCACCUAUGCAAACACGACGCCCUCCUGCAGGACCCAACGCCGCUGCCACUGGCACGACUGCCGCAGCGGGAGCAGUAAUAGGGAAGAUAAUCGUCACCCCUCCAGAAGACGCCGAGCACCCGCGCGUCCGGUCCCCGGACAAGCCGGAAAAGAGCCCCUUCCGCCCUUCCCGGCGACAUGAAGCCGCUCUAGCAGCGACGCACGCGCGCACAGGCUCGGGAGGGAGUUACCGACCGUCACCCUUGAGCCAAGGGGAGAGCUACACCGCAGAGAAGAAGGAAGAGAGGGGCGGCAGGCCGCCCGGUGCUGCUCCUGCUGUGUAUGGCCCUCCAGUACCUAUGCCGGUCGAACGAACGCGUACGACAUCAUCCCGCUCCGCAUCUGCUUCAACCACCCCCACCCAAACAGCUUCAGGAUCAAGGAAGACCCCCUCCCCCUCUUCCCCCCCACCAACCCCUCCCUUCCUCCGGAAAUCGCCCUCCAAAGGCCGGACAAACGCCAGCCUGGCCGCGCUCCACGCAGCGGCAACUACGCCCACUCCCAACCUCUCCCUCCUUACACAAGCGGACGGCAGGGUAAAUAGGCUCAGUGCGGUGAGCGUGCAGCCGCAACCAAAGGAAUGGGAGGCGGACCAACAUCCCAUGCCUGUGUCGCCUGGUGCGCACGGACGCGGGUAUGGACAAGGACAAGGACAACAAGGACAAGGACUACAAGUCCCAAACGCAGAGGAACAGAUGAUCUGGAGAGGGAGUAGAGUGGAGAGCUCGAGCGGGGAGGAAGCAUAA